GGAAACUUGACUUAUUCUUAGGGAGGAAAGAUAACACAUUGUGAUUUACCGAUUUCCUUUUUCCUCUAUUAUCGUUAAUAUAUCUAGGUUCCUGCCUGGGGGUACUGGUGGUCCACUGCUAUUAGAUACGGAAGCCCGUUAAGUGAAAGCUUCCUUUAUUCCAUCCAAAACUAUUUGACAAUAAAACUGAGACCCUUUGUUUCAAGCUAAGCGCUACUCCCGGGUGUAUUUAAUAUACUCUUAGGUGUCGUUGAAAAACUCGUUUUCGACCAUAUUGUGGAUUAAAGAUGUGCUCAUGGGAAUAUAUGGUUGAUAUUCCUAACGGAAACUUAGCUAAAUUACUUCUGAAUUUUUUCAUUUCCUGCCGUGACUAAAUAAUGUAGCUUUUCGCUUGAAUGUUGCCCUUAGGGCGAAGCAUCUCGAAGUUCACAUGUUAAAAGUUGCUUAAAUAUACACCAACCAGUCUAUUUUUUGCCUACAUAUACCAGUGUUUUGUUACCACCAUCCAGAAUGUCUUCGACAUUUACUUACUGCUGGAAAAACAUAUCUUAGCGAUUGACCUCAAUAUGAAGAGUAUUUCGUGUUUAAGAAGAAAUUUGCGGGAAUUCUAAUCAUAAUUCUCAAAAAUAUCAGCAUUAUGCUGUCUGUCAUACUUUGUCUUUGUAAGUGAGAAGUAUGAUGAUUAUUGAUGUCUAGAAAAUGUAGAACUCAGCUAUGUAUUUGAGGUUUGCUUAAUAAGAACAUGUACUAAAGAUGUCUCCUAUUCCAAAUGAAGAUUGGUUUAUUUAACGUUUAAAUCCACCUCAUUUUUCUCAGUUUAUCACAUACAUAUGAGAAUGCUGAAGUAUAUGUAGAUAUUAGUUCAUUGGUGAAAAGUGAUCAUGUAAAAGUCGAGACAAUAACAUUGAAACUAAGAGUCCCCCUUUUUGUUGGUAGUCAGCAUUAUUGUCUGGUAAGUUCUGAGACUUAAUAUCUAUCAACUGUUGUGGUGAGGUUGUAUUGGGAUUAUAUAACCGUUCUUCCGUUGAUUUUAUGUUUGCUUUGUCUCAUCAUGAGAGAAACCUGAUAUAAAUUCUAGAAAGUCCUCUUGCUCACACUGGCCCGUUAGAACUUUGCUGUUAAUGUGUCCACAUAAAAAGAAUAAUAGAAAUCCGUUCCUACUUCGUAUGGUUCAGUAAGAUCAAGUUGUUAAACCAUGUCUUAUGUGAAGUUCCAAGAGAGGUAAAAUCGGUGGUCGAUUCCGGUCUCAUAGCCUAACCCUGCAUAUAUCUCAAUGAUGCCUUCAAAUUGUCACUCAUCUGAAAUGUAAAUAAAUUGUUAAAGGAAUCCAUGAUCCUACAUAUCUAUUCCUUAUACUUUCCUGCUGAGGAUGUUUCUAGGGCUUUCGGUUCCUUCCCAUUUGACAGGGAAACAAAACUGAUAAUCCACCCAUGUUACUGAACAUACAAUGAAAGGAUAAAUUAUUCAAAAUGUUACAUCAUUUGUUUAAUAUUCUAAGUCAAUUCGAUGGUUGCUACAAGCUUUUGAAAAGUAGCAUGCGCGUUUGAUAAUCUGUAUUAGUGAAGACGUCCUAUUCCCAGUUUCUACCUAAGACCUCAGUCAAUCUCGCUGCUAGUACUGGACCGCCAUCCUUAAAAAUUUCAGGGGUAAACCUGUCAGGGCCUGCUACUCUCUCUCACUUUAGAUUUCUUAUAGCUUUUUCAAGCUCGUGAAGAGUUGGAGAAUUUACAUUAACUUAUCAUUCAGGUCGACUGGGGAUCGUGGUAAACCGAAGUGUAGGUGAAGGCCAGUUGAACUGACCCCUAAAGUGUUCUGCCCAUCGAUCUGAUCUGAAUUGAGAGUGAAAUAUGUGUCCAUCUUUAUCCGAGGUAGUUUCGCUGACAUUAGGGUUCCUAAUACCGAUUUCUUUAACAAGUCUGAACAGUUGUCUGCUGUUGCUAUUACUGCUGCCUUUUCCAUCUCUUGCUUUUGCUACUCACCACUGUUCGCGAUCAUUGCGUAGGCUUCUUAUUAGCCUGCGCGUAAGUGGACUCCGCUCUUUGAGAUACAACCAAAACAAAGAAAUAAACAAUGACAGAUUUAAGGUCAAUAAGAACCAAUCAACAUCGAGGUUCAGAGGACAAGCUGUGAAUCACAUGUGAAGAAAUUCAAACACUUCACUUCUACCCGAAGUUUGUGCUGAUGAUGUCGUUCAGAAGGACGAUGAAAGCUCCACGACCAAACCAUCCAGCUCAGAAAACAAACCAACAUCAAAACUCCGCUCUUCGUUAUGUUCAGACACCAUAAGAUCCACCCAGGUGUCUUUUCCUUUCGCUUAGUCUACCUACUUGAGCAUUAAAGUCACCAGCCACUAUUAAUGCAUCAGAGCGCCUAGCUUUUCGGAGAAGGUCGGAAAGCUUUCUAUAAAACUCAUCUUUUGCAUCAUCUUAGCUGCAGUCAGUAGGAGAGCAGGCAGAGACGACGAAAAGGCUACGACAAGUGUCCCUAUCUUUCCGAGUCCUUACUGUUCCGUUUAGUCGGACAGCACACAAACGACUGUUUACUGUGAUCUGGUCCAAAAGAGCUAGUUCUGCCCUAUGACUCAAUGCUAUACCUACUCCAGAGAGACCAAGGCAAGCUGCAUCAGAGCUUCCAGAUACACGAAGUAUGAAUGGAGUUGGUUCUUUAUUAUGACAUGAUGAUGAUGUCAAAUGAAUGACGCUACUCGGAUCUUGUAUGCUCAUUUAGGAGACGCAGCAUACAUUGAUUGUGCGAGAUUCUAAAGUCCUAACUAAGGAAGCCUGUUGUCUUAUUUGGCAGUGUUCGGACGUUAAAAGUUCCUACAUGUAGUUUAAAGCGUGGUUUCAGGAGACCAGGAAUAACAUUCCGCGUACUCGAAUCGUUUGCCCUAUUGGUGCGAGGUGAUAAAGAGACGUGAGAAGGGUUAGUCGUGGAGAUAAGAGAGUUAUUAAGAGGUUUAGGAAGGAUUUGAAUGUGACCAACUGGGUCUCGUGUGCUGAUACGGGUAUGAGGGUUAAUUUCACUUCCCGGCUGCCCACACCAUGGAAGGGUAUUUCUUGAGGUACCUGAAAAGGAAGUUGGAUUAAUGUUAGUCUUGACCACCUGGGAGCGUAACCACAGAGUCCAAGGGACAACUGCCUGAGGCUGAUCGCUCAUGGACUUUUUGUGGUUUUUUUGACGUGUUAGCUCUGUUAUUUAAAGGGCCUUACCACCGGAGACGCAAAUCCAUGAGGUAAGGUGAGACGUGACAUUUUAUAACCCCUUCCUUCCUUAUGAGAAGGCAACAUCACUGCAGAUGCUGGUUGUCCGAGGGGAACACCUUACUUCUGUCACACCUCUCUACAGUCAGCAGUAUGACUUCGCCCUCAGACCUUGAGUUGCUGCUUUUGGUCUUACCGUUCUCCAAUAGCCCUGCCUGGCAUGAUAGAACCUACACGAACAUACGUUCCAGCCAAUACAUUAUUAUUAUUUUCUAAAGAUUACUCAUUGCGUUUUUGUUUAUUAUCCAUGUAAACACUUCCUCGUUUGAGAUAAGAUGGUUACCUCAUUGAUCGAGUCGAAAGGCUCACUCAGUUUAAAUAUAUCCAUACAUUACAAACAAUUGGAAUUAUGAUUUUUAAAACUGUUCCUUACUAAGAUAUUCCCUACUUUUAGGUCUGGGUCUUUUGUAUAUCCCAAUAAAGAUGCCAAAGAGUAAGUCCAUUGAAGCACGUCCAAGGAGACGUAAGCAAAGUCAAAGAAUUGAGGAGCUUACCAAUUCAGUUUCUGAACAUCCUAAACACGAAGUAAACCACAUAUCACACUUGUCAGAUGGCUCACGCCACUCAAAACCCAGAAGCCGUGUUGGCCGUGAGCGGUCAUUCCUAACAGAUUUCCACAUUGUAAACAAAGUUCCAAAGUGGCUCAUUUUAUCUUUCAUAUAUUUGGGGAUCUUAAUUUUUUUGAUGAUGCUUGCCUUUCGUCAAGUGAUGGUAUGGUAUCAGGGAAAACAAGUUAUUACUCCACUUCAUCUACCUAAAGUAAUAUCGGAUGCUUCAUUGCAUGAACGAUCUCAUAGUUUGUUUUGGGGAAGUUAUCGUCCUGGAAUUUAUUUUGGUAUGAAACAUAGAAGCCCCAACUCUCUUUUGUUUGGGGUUAUGUGGACAAUCCAAGAUCCAGAAAAUUUUGCCUACCGCCACUCAUGUGAUCAAUUCGAUGGGGUUCUAAGCUACAACUGGUUGGAACACGAUGGUCGUACUUUUGGAACACAACAAAUAGUGGACACCCAUCAUAUUAUCACGAUAUCUUUUGUAAAACCGUCUUCUGACUUCAUUAGGAGUGACUGGACAGUAAGAAUUUCGGCAGUUGCGCGGAAUCGUACUUCUAUGGAAUAUCCAUUGUCGGUAAUUGUCUACUUUUAUUAUCCUGGUGACAAAAAUGACUUCUUCUUAGAACCAGUCAUUUCGAAUAAGAAAAUUACAGGAUUACACGGUAGUUCAAUGGAAUUGAGUGAUUUUCAUAUUUCAUUUCAUCCUACUCCUCACAAAUUACAGGAGAGUUCUCUCAUGGCUUAUAUACCUAGGGAAGAUGCAAUUAAAGAGACAAUGUUUACUGGUUUAGGAGUUAGAAGAGAUAAGAAUUUUUUGGUAUUGAGAGGUGUCACAAACAAUCAUGAUAAAGACCAACCUCCAAAUGCAUGGUUUUAUGAAACAAGUACAAAACCCAAUGAAAAUAAUCAACCAAUUUUGGAUGUUGAAUUCUUCCGAUCUCAAAGUUCAUUUGAAGGUUUUCAUGGGAAUAGUUUCUCUGAAGAGUUAUCUAAACAGUCUAUAAGUUUCCAUAAACGUUUUGUUGAAAGAUUCAAUGUGGAUUUAACAAAGUUUUCUGAUAGACAGGUCAACUUAUCUAAAAUUGCAGUCAGCAAUUUACUGGGUGGUAUUGGUUUCUUUUACGGCACAUCGUUAGUUCGUUCGCCUGAUAUUGGACCGGAACCAGUAUCUAAUUGGGCGUCUAGUUUAUUUACUGCCACUCCAUCUCGUCCUAACUUUCCGCGUGGAUUUUUAUGGGAUGAAGGAUUUCAUGGUUUAAUAUUGGCCCGAUGGGAUCCAAAUCUUGCAAUGGAAACAGUCGGUUCAUGGCUCGAUCUUAUGAAUGCUAAUGGUUGGAUUCCACGUGAACAGAUUUUAGGCUGGGAGGCCAGAUCGAAGGUUCCAUCCGAAUUUGUUGUUCAAUCCUCCGAGGUUGCCAAUCCACCAUCUUUGAUUUUGACUGUUGAGGCUUUGUUAGAUCGUUUGCCUCGACUAACUGUCGCUGAAGCUAAUGAAUUUCGUCGUUGGUCUAUGUUAAUUCUUCCAAGGCUACAUGUUUGGUAUCAGUGGUUCAAUACUACUCAGAUUGGUCCAGUCCCUCUGUCAUAUCGUUGGCGCGGUCGCAACCCAAAUGAAAUUCAUCAGCUGAACCCUCUUACAUUGAGUUCUGGAUUAGAUGAUUUCCCUCGUGCUUCUCACCCAACUGAUGAUGAACGUCACAUUGAUUUACGUUGUUGGAUGACUUUGUUCGCUCGUGUAAUGGCGAAAUUGGCUUCUGUUGUUACACAAUUUAUGCAGACAGAUCAAAAUGCAAAUAGUCGAUCAAAGUUAGAAGGGACUCGUUCAUUGAUUGUUGAAUAUACCCGUUGGGCUGAUCUCUUAUCAGAUCAAAGUGAACUGGAUAAACUUCAUUGGUCAGAAAAGCAGGGCCGCUAUGCUGAUUAUGGUCUGCACACAGACUUUGUUAGACUGGAGAUGCCUGAUAUACCAAAGGGAUCACAUGUUUCUAAUGAGAUGAAAUUGGUACGAGUAGCUGUGAAAACCCCAUCACUGCAGUUAGUGGACACUUCGUUUGGAUAUGUAAAUUUAUUCCCAUUUAUUUUGAAAGUUCUUUCGCCUACAUCACCACGACUUCCUCGUUUGUUAGCUGACCUGAGUAAUAAGGAAUUACUGUGGUCUGAGUUCGGCUUGCGUUCAAUCAAUCUUAAGUCUCCUUUUUAUCAUACACACAAUACCAAAGAUGACCCACCCUACUGGCGAGGUGCUAUAUGGAUAAAUAUAAAUUAUUUGGCCGUACAGUCACUACGUUAUUACGCCCACCAUUCGCGUACACCUGUACCUGUCGCUGCAGAGGCUAAACGGUUAGCUGAACAACUGACGCAAAAUUUAGCACGUACCGUAUUAGGUGAACUUGAACGAACAGGUCAUUUAUGGGAACAGUAUAAUGAUCAGACUGGAAAUGGUCAACGUGGUCAUCCGUUUUCAGGAUGGACGAGUUUAAUUAGUUUAAUAAUUAGUGAUAGUUCUUAACUUUUUUUGUUUUUAUCAUUUAUGUACCGUGACUUAUUGUUGUAUAUCCUCUUUCUUUUUUACGUAUUUUGUCUUUAUGUUGUUAUAUUUUUGAUCUGACGAAUAAAUUUUGGUGGAAUAAUAGGAGGUAUCUGAAUGGAUACUAAGUGAUUUUUCAAGUAGAAUAAUUUUUUGGUCUUGUAGUCGGUAAUAAGGCUUGAAAAGUACAGUGCUAACAAACCAACAACUCAUGCGAAGACUGUUAUGAACCACUUUCAAGCAAUUAUCUUUUGGCCUCUGGAGUUAUCCUUCCGGGUCAUUAGGACCACUUCUACUCGUAAAAAAUGAAUGUAAUCCUUAAGUAGAGAGGGAAAGUCGAAUUAAAAGACACGGAUGAAUCUUUUGAUAUUUCAACCCAGAGAACAGAUAAUGGUUAUUGUUCGUUCUAAUAAUGUUUGGAUCACUGUUCAUUCAUAACAAGUAUCAACUUUGAUUAUAAGAAGAGAGCUACAUAGCCUAGAGACUCUUAACAUCAAAACGACUAUGGAUAGAAUUAGAGUAUAUAACCACCAGUCAUUGUUGGGGGAGAUUUUACAGAAUUAUGCCGUUCGCUCUGCAGCAAUUGUUUGAGAUUCGACUAUGCUCUAGUGAGACCAUGUAUUUUUAUACGUUUUACUGGAAGUUACAAUGCGAAUUCUCUUUAGAAAAAAUAAAGAUCAAAAGAAAUUCAAAGAGAACACGAUAAAACACUUAGUUGC